AUGCCUCGUGUCGCAAACAAGAUCCAUCGCCGCUCCGGCGGUAACUCCACCCCCCACAAGAACUCGCCGAUCAAGAUCCCUCUCAACGAUGAUAUGGGCGAGAAAGCGGCCCGUAUGGAGGCCCGUCAAGCCUUCCAUGAUCGCCAGAUGAGCCAGAUCAAGGCCGCCGUCAAAACGCCCAUGCCACAUCGCCGAUACACGAACUACCAAGAAGGAAGCGAGAGCCCCGGAACCCCACGGGGAUCCAGCCAUCGCGGUCGCGACAGUGAUGUGAAUGGCCGUGCUGUGACACCGAUGAAACGCGUGCCUAUUCUCGCUAAUUUCGAAGAGUGGAUGAAAAUGGCUACGGAUAACAAGAUCAACGCGAACAACUCCUGGAACUUUGCCCUUAUCGACUACUUUCAUGACAUGUCGCUUUUGAAAGAGGGUGAUGGUGUGAAUUUCCAGAAAGCCAGUUGCACUUUGGAUGGCUGUGUUAAGAUCUACACUAGUCGUGUGGACAGUGUCGCGACGGAAACCGGAAAGCUGCUUAGUGGCUUGGCAGAUAGUCGCGACAAGCGUGCGCGCGAUACGGAUGCAGAUGGAGAGGAUGGAGAUGAGGAUGAAGAAGGCGAAGACGGUGCGCCGCGCAAGUCUCGCAAGAAGACUCGUUCCCACGAGGCUACGCUAGCCCCAUCCUUUGCAUCCCUGCAACUGAAGAAGUUCGAAUUGGAGUUUGCUGUGGACCCCUUGUUCAAGAAGGCUUCCGCUGAUUUCGAUGAAGGGGGUGCCAAGGGCUUACUACUCAACCAUUUGGCCAUCGAUAGCUUUGGACGAAUUGUCUUCGACAGUAGUGAUGAUGCAGUGGAUGACAGUGCUAAAACAGCUGAAGGAGACCAGCAAGAAUCCGGAGAUGGUGAAUCACAAGGAGAAAAUCAGACACCAGCUCCUCAACCACCGGCAACCGAUUCUUUCGAAGAUGACACGGAGAUUGACCUGGCUUCGCUGGCGACCCAGUUCUUCCCGGAUCUCGAUCGUCUUGGUGAGCAGGAUAUUUGCCCUUCCCUGAAGAAUUUUGAUCUGGGUGACCCAAGUGGGUCACUGGAUAUUCCUCUUCUCAAAGCUCCUGAGGAUUGGCGACAAGAUAAGAAUAACGAAGGGGAUGUCGAGGAUCCCUCAGGCAUCAUGUUAGAUGAUGAUAAUGCCGUCGGCUUUGACGACGACGCUUCUCUCGCCGGAUUUGAUCUGAGUGACGACGCUGGAUUCGGUGAUGGCGGAGAAGCCUGGGCAAGAGAGGCUGCCCUUGAGCCAAUGCUCAAGGUUCAUCGGGUUGACGACGAUGCUGACGGUGAUGAGGACAUGGACAACGAGGAUGCUUAUGCCAUUUCCAUGUCACAUCAGCCUAGCAAACAAGACCAUGAGAACAUUCUCAGUUACUUUGACAACGCACUGCAGAAAAACUGGGCUGGUCCAGAACACUGGAAAAUUCGAAAAAUCAAAGAAACAACAGCCGCCACCACUAAGGAUGCACCGAAGCAGAAAAAGGAGAAAGAGCCUUUCGAGAUUGACUUCGGGGCCCCACUGGACCCUGCCCUGGCUGAGUUGAUCUACACGCCUGCGAGCUCCAAUUCCGCAAUCUCUUUGCCCAAGACACAGUGGAAGACUAAGGGCCACAACCUGCUGCCUGACGACAAGCAUUUCAACUCGCGCAACCUUCUCCGUUUGUUCCUCAAGCCGAAGGCUCGCAUGGGAUCCAAGAAGCUCUUGGGCCGUAGAGCCAACACUCGCCGACCCGAACAAACCACAGGAAAUGGGGACAUGGACGAGGCCUUCUGGGCAAAUCACAAGGUGGAAGAGAACGACGAGGAAGGCGUUGCCGGUGCCUAUGAUGCCAACUUCUUUGCCGAUGACGAUGGCUUGGCCUUCCCUAACGGCAUGGAUCUGGAUGACGAUGACGACAACCUGCCGUUCGCAGAUGCACGCGAGAUGCUAUCACCACCAACUGACGGCCGCCCUGUGACCUCAUCUGGGGAGCCCGGCAACCAGACUGGGUUGACAGCACUGCUCAAUAUGGUGGGCGCUACGCCUGGUCGGAACGGUGCUGGAGGAUAUGGCUCACAACUGGUGACUCAAGGUGGUCGCCGAGCACGCCCAGACUACGUCAACUAUGCCCGUGUGGCGAAGAAGGUGGACGUACGUCGACUCAAAACAGAGAUGUGGAAGGGCAUGGGCGAACGUCUGAUUGCCGCUACUGAAUUCGCCUCUGCUUCACGACCAGGAGCCGUUUCAAAUGAGGCGCCCCCUGAGCCCGAGAGCGAGGCUGAUGCUCCCGAACCGCCUACUCCACAGGACGGCAGUCCCGAGCGACCCAAGGAGGACGGUCGAUUACGUUUUACCACCAUCAUGAACUCACUGAAGGCGGUCUAUCCCGCAGAGACGCUGCGAGAUAUCAGUACGUCAUAUGGCUUCAUCUGUUUACUCCAUUUGGCCAACGAGCAAGGAUUGGUUUUGGAGAGCGAUCUAAGUAAACUUGCUCCUGGCGGUGUCGGCUCGCUAGAGGAAAUCUAUGUCACUCGUGAUGAGCAUGCCAUUCUUGAAGAGGGUGGCAUGUAA